AUGCAACCAUUGGAGCGUUCAAGUAACAGCGCAAUGACAAUGACAAUGACAACCGAUACAAUUCCAACGAACCUUCCCCCACCAACAGAGGACUCAAGCAAUUCGACAAGUUCACCCACAUCAUCAUGUAGAAAUUUAUCAACACUAACCUUCUCAAUAGCAAAAAUAAUGGAGCCCGAUAAACGACUACUGACAUCAUCCGAUACGUCUAGUAUUAGUCUACGUCAGCCGUCAGCCAAUAUCCAAUCGCUGUCUUACUCGGCGCACUUGGAAUCAGCAUUUAAAAAAUAUGUUCCUACUCUAAGGCACCAGAGUCUCCUUCAGCACUACCCCCUACUAUAUUACCAUCCAAACCCUUUACUCCGAGUUUUUCCACCAACACCACCAUCACAUCCUGCCGGCCGUUUGGAAGUAGCACCAGCAGCAGCUAAUAGUGAAAAAAAAUCACCAGUGCCAGUGCAAUUACCCCUCUCAGUAUCAGUAGCGUCAAGUAGCGUUCCAUCGUCUGCAAAUUCACCCCCCCAAAUUGGCCAGCAGCUAUCAACGAGUAGAGAAAUAAAUCCAAACAAGCAGAAAACAUUCGCCUGCCCUGAGUGUGGUAAAGUAUUCAAUGCUCACUACAAUUUAACGCGUCAUAUGCCAGUGCACACUGGUGCACGUCCAUUCGUCUGCAAGAUAUGUGGCAAGGGUUUUCGUCAAGCUAGCACACUGUGCCGUCAUAAAAUCAUUCAUACAGCCGAAAAACCACACAAAUGUCAAACAUGUGGUAAAGCAUUUAAUCGCAGUUCAACAUUAAAUACUCAUACACGUAUCCAUGCCAAUUAUAAGCCAUUUGUUUGUGAAUUUUGUGGUAAGGGUUUCCAUCAGAAAGGCAACUACAAGAAUCAUAAGCUCACCCAUAGUGGAGAGAAAGCUUACAAAUGUAAUAUAUGCAAUAAAGCUUUUCAUCAAAUUUACAAUCUUACAUUUCACAUGCAUACACAUAAUGAUAAAAAGCCAUUUUCCUGUAAAAUAUGUGGCAAGGGAUUUUGUAGAAAUUUUGAUCUUAAAAAACACAUGCGCAAGCUCCAUGACAGCAGUUCACCAGUGUUAAAUAGUUCUAAUAUUGGAGGAUCCACUGGGCAAUCCCAUAUCGAAACUACUACAUUUUCAGCGAUUCAUCACAGUGGAACGAGUCAUGCCUUUGUCAGUCCAUUUUUAUUACCCCCACCUGGAUCACAUCAGAGUUACCUUACCAAGAUGUUGUGACAGAGUGACACUAAUAGAAAGAGCCAUCAUCAGUGUCCGCUCUUUCUCGGUGCUAUGACUUACUCCAGUGAUGUUGGACAUUUGGCAGAUGUAUUAAAGUGAAGGUGAUUAUAUACUAUACAGUAUAUACAGUAUACUAUAGUAUAGUGCAGCGCGGUACUUUGUUGCUUAUGCAAUAUUCAACUGAAAUUGUUGUUUUUUUCUUUUUCAUCUUCUUCUUCUUCUUCUUGUUUCUCUUUCUUCAAUGAGGUGCAAUCAUGACUGAUUAAAAAUUCUGAUUGUAAAUAAACUUUGUAAAUAUAAUACUUUUAAGUGUAUAGCAGAGAAAGAUGAAAAAUUAUGCGCCGGCAAUAUUAUAGAUAUAAAAAAAAGGAAAUUAUGAUUUUUUUUUCAUGUAAAUCAAGCUGUUUCAUAUAUAAUGAAAAAUUCACAAUAGACAUCACUGGCGAACGAUUAACAUAAUUGUAAUUCGAAUGAUACAAUGGAUAAUGUACGAAUUGGUGUGAUAGUAGUUUGUAAGGAUACUUUUAGAAUUAACCAUCGAUAUGAAAUAUGAUGUUAACAGAUAUUAACUGCAACAAAAAUCAUCGUCAAAAUGAAAAAAUUACAAAUAUCUUUUAUUUCGGUUUGGUAUUCGAUUUCGCAUAUUCUACACUGUGAAAAGAAUUCAUGUCAGGCAUUUCAUAAUUGAUUCUUAUAUGCAUAAAAGCCUUUAAAUUGCUUUUUCAGUCAAGGAGUCACUCACAAAUCCCAUAUACAUACAAUCGUUUAUUGUGUUUAAUGGACGAUUAAAUGACAGAGAAUAUGCAUUUAAAGAAAUUGUAUAUCUAGAUGAAAAAAAAAAAAAGAAAAAGAAAAAGAAAAAAAGGAUGGUAGCUACAAAAAAAUGCAUAUUACAUGUGUACGUGUCUCUCAUUGUAAA